GUGUUUUACGCAAUGAUUAUGGGCACAACGUGAGAGAGUUGCAUAAGGUUGCAGGAAGAGCUGCUGUGGCUAUCCGCUCUGACAGCAAUUUUGAAAAGACAGCAUGCACCUUAUAUCCCCGGUGUAUUCCACACAUAGGGCGUUUUCGUGAUGCAGUGGCUUACAUUAAUCGCAGCAUGCCGUGAGUUCGGGGGAAGAACAGCACGUAUACCUCUGGCCUGUCCUUGGAAGUUGAACAGCGCGUCCAAGCAGCUCGCGAGCCGUCCGUGGGCGUAUCACCAUACGAGCUGCUCCUCUCCGUACACUGAAGGGGCCGCGUUCAAACAUAACCUACCUAAUGUACCGAGACAGAAUGUGUUUCUCGCGGGUCAAAAAUCCAGACAAUACAGUACAGGAAGUGACAAAGGCCCUACGAGUGGAAGUAAUUUGGGCAUCAGUGUGGUUGGGAUCCCAGAUCCGAUCUUAUGGAUCCGAAACAAAAUAAUCUUGUUUUUGAUUCAGCUUUACUUUGACCUUUCGUCUGUGGAAUUCGAAAAAGGAGCAAAGCAGGCAUUGGUCUAUGUAUCCAAUCUGUUGUCCCAUGGCAAAUUUGAAGAGCUGAGGGAUGUGGUGUCAAAUGAGGUUUUUGAACAUGCCUGGAGGACGUACAAAACUCUCACAGAAGCCCAAAGAAGAAAUCUUGCCAUUGCACCUGAUGACAUAAUUUUUCUGAUUCCAGAAGACGUAUCGCUUUUCUUCGACAGUAGAGGCAGGAAGUUCUGCUACAUCGUCAUGAGGUUCUGGCACCUGUCGAGCGCAGACGUGCCCGAGGACCCCGAGAGCACCCGCAUCUUCAAGGUGGCCGAGGCAGAGGGAGAGGCCCCGCCAAGGAGGAUCGUGACGGCAGUGUAUGAGUUCCACCGGGAGCUUACAAACGGAGCCCCGUUGGACUGGACCAUCACCAGCAUCUGGCACUGGAAGCAGCUGGAGUGAGGGGGGGGGCGGGGGGGCGUUUAGCCCCAUGUCUCUCGCUAUCACCUUCAGGAGGCGCUCUGAAAAAGACAGGUUUCCCACGCCUGCAGAACAAACCCAGGACUCACAUCCGAGGACUCAGUGGACUCACGCGCUGUAUUUUCAAUUGACAGAGAAAAGUCAAUUUUGCAGAAAAAUGUGGAACUGUACCAAUAAGUUAAUGCACCUGCGCCUACACCCAAGAUCACAAUGGGCAGAACUAGUCAGACCUCAGAACACUCCGGUUCUCAGACCCAGUUUUGGUUUAUAUGGAAAUAUUCAGAUUUCCUUCUUUUAUAUGAACAUGGAAUGCCUGUAUUCUAUACUGUAUCACUUCUCUUUGGACAAUAAAAUUGUUCAGUGGCUCACUGA